AUGAUAUCAGACGAGCUUUUAGAGGAGUGCAUCGCGAUUCUCCAAGACUCGAGCCUGCUGGAAGAGGACCAGACCGAACGCGUCUCUCUGCUCAUUGCAUCCAAAACAGACCUCACUGGUACAGCUCUUGACAAUGAAACCCUUGAUGUGCUCUGGCGGCACCGCGAGAAAACAAGCCCUGCAACAUCCCCCCCGAUACGACACAGCCACACGAUAGUUCGCAGAGCUUCCCCGGCACCGUGGCAUUAUGGCAGGAGUUCACCUUUUCCUUCGCCUAGACCGAGCCCCAGGUUGGCUUAUUCAUCCCCACUCAUACCCCACUCACCGAACUUGAACAAUUAUGAGCCAGUGUUUACGACAGAUACGGGAAUACCACCAGAAAUGUACGGAGAUUUUGGAAGCGACACUGUUGCCUGGUUGGUUGGCGAUGACAAUACAAUGGGUUAUGGAGGUAGGGGUGUAUUACAGGAGAAUAUGUCACCUCAUGACAUGCUUCGCUCAGUUCUUGGCGAGGGACGUUCAGAUGAAGAAAUCGAGCAAGCGGGGGGUGGUCUUUCCCCCGAAGGUGCUACCAUCAUCGGGAAAUCUACAACACCGGCCCCCAUGAUUCGCCCAGUAACUCCACGCAACGGUGUGGUGUGUCGAUUUUUCCUGUCGACGGGUCAAUGUUUGCGUGCGGACUGCCGAUUCUCACAUGACCUUGGAACCACUAUCUGCAAGUACUGGCUUAUGGGUUCAUGUCUUGCGGGUGACACCUGCAUAUUUUCUCACGAUCCGACUAUGUCUGUUUCAAAGAUGACUCUAGAUGGAAAUAGCCGCAGUUCUACACCUGCACCCCAGCUCCAGUUCCAUGACCCAGCCUCUUUCCCCUCAUUGACCUCUGAGCAGUGGGGCCAGAUGGGGAAUGGCGGACAAUCAAUCGUAGGCCCUCCACCUGGAUUCAAGCUUCCAAUAUCCCGUCCCAAUUCUCGCCAGCAAUUCCGAGAGCGUGAACAGCAAAAUUUCACGCCUGUUCCUGCUGUCGACGAUAACGAAGCCUUUCCCUCUCUUAGCAGCAGUGCCAAAGCCUCGGGCCACGGAAAGAAGCGCCGUAACAACAGGAACGAGAAUAACAUCCCCACGGGUCCAUCCUCUCUUGCCGAUGUGGUUCGCAUGACGCCUUCCCCAUCCCCACACUCUAAUCGUAACUCGACCACUUCCUCUGGAGCCUCUUCAAAUAGAUGGUCGGGUGCAGGAGGGGGAUCCCCAUCAUCCAAACGUACUUCUCGCGUUUCAGCAUCGCAUAUUCCCGCGCCGCAGCAAAUCCCAUGGUUAGAGACCGGCGCUUCUCUUAACCGGAGCUACCUAAAGCACCGAAAAGAAGCCAUAUCUCACGGCGUCCUCAGGGCCAAGUAUCUCCAGCUCGCCAACUCGGCUUGGCAGAGAAAUGAUGCCAAAUCGGCGAAAGAGCACAGUCGCAAGGCGAACAACGAGAACAUGGCAAUGAUGAAGGCGCACAAGGAGGCUUCUAAGGCUAUUUACGAGGAGCGGAAUAAGGAGACUGCGAGAGCAGGGGGCGCUGAAUUAUUUGUGGAUCUGCAUGGCCUUCUCCCAGACGAAGCCGUCAAGUACUUGGAGGACAUUCUUGUCGAACACCAAACUUCAACCCGUCCUCUGUAUGCGAUCAUCGGAACAGGCCACCAUUCCAAGGGUGGUAAAGACAAGCUGGGAAAGACCCUGCGUGCGUUUUUGGAUGAAUGGAAGUACGCGUACCGGGAAUUUUCGGCCAGCGGCGACCGCAACGCCCAAGGCGGGAUACUGGGCAUUGACCCCAGCAGCUUUGACAAGUCGCUCCUGAACCCCCCUGUGGAUGGCGAAGCCGUGAUCGCGGCAGAGGUUGCGACAGUAGUUAUUGGAAGCGGCGCGGGGAAUGGAAAUGGAGUGGGCGAGAAAAAGAAGGAGCCGCCGAAGGGGCCGAAUGGGGGACGUAAAAAAUAG